UGUUUCCACAAGAACGUGUAAGUUUUUGUUUACCUUGUUGACGUUAACGGUUUGGGCGGGAAAGUAUCGCACGUGUUACCGAUUCUCUGCAAAUUUUGGAGCUCCUAACUGAAAAUACCAUGGCCACCGUCAGCGAACUGGUCAAUCGGAUGACCCUGUCCGAGCCGGAGUUGCACCUUCCGCCGGAGCUUUGGGAGCUGAUCUUCGCACACCUGGCCGGCAAACGGGUGCUUGUGAUGCGCCUGGUUUGCCACCGCUGGAAGACCAUCGUGGACCGGAAGCGCUCGCUGUGGAACACGUUAUCUGUCUGUGUGCGUUAUAGCACAACAAACGAGCGGUUCCAUCCUGAGAGCUUGCCCCCCGUCACUGGUUUCUGUGUGAACUGGUCCACAAUCGAAGAUGUUGAUUGCUGGUGGCCAUCGUUCGGAGAACGUUUGACGCGUAUUAAGUUGGGAUAUGGUAGUGUGACCUUGAACUUGGUUGUUGGGAUGCUGCGACACACCCCGAACCUUACACAUUUGCACCUAAGCCGUUUUAGGGAGACAAGUGAGGAGGAACCUGUGGUCGACUUUCAGCUUGAACGAAUGGAGGAGCUUUACUUGGAAUAUUCAAUUUGCGAUGCGUUUGUGGAGACGUUUCCGCGGCUGCGAAACCUAAAAAUGGACUUGAAUGAAGGUUACCAAGAAAUCACAGCUCGGCUGAUGAAUUUUGUCCAGGGGACGCUGGAAGAACUGGAUUUUAAGGCUACGCCUUACCUGAUGAAGGAAAUCGCCAAGAUGGAGCGCCUGAAGCUAAAAACCCUACGAUUUAAGGGUGGAUGUGAAUUUGCAGUCCAGCUGAGUCGCAUUCAACCAUCUUUGGAGAAAAUUUUCCUAAUAUUGAAAGCUUCAACGCCGGAUUUUUGCGAAAUUGGGAAGAAUCUGCCCGACCUCAAGCAGCUUUCGGUUUUGAUUGAUCGGCAAGGAUUGCUCGAACCUUCAUUCCUGGCCAACAUGAGCCAGCUGCAAAAACUUUCGUUAGAAAAUUAUUUGUUUACCAUGCAAUUGAACUUUGGCCCACUCAAGUGUCCCAAUCUAGUGGAACUGAAACUUAAUCAAUUCCACCUCGUUGCCAACAGUUUGCCGACAUUCCUGGCAGGUUCCAAGAAUCUGCAAAAGCUAUCGCUGGACUCUUGCGUUCUGGAGAGUUUGCUAGAACUGUUUACCACGUUGGUGGAACUUCCGUCGUUGCGACACCUGGAACUGAAAUACCUACGUAUGUUGAACAAUGAUUUCAAUAUUUCUACCUUUCAACUGACGACAAACCUGGAAUCCCUCCACCUGAGCGAUUGCGAAAAUUUGACUAACAAAAUGGUCGACUGGUUAGCGACGAGUUCCUGUCGGAUGAAAGAAGUACGUCUGUAUCGCAUGCCCCAGGUCAACGAUGCUACAAUACGGAAUAUGUGCGUCAAACUGCCCCGAUUGAAGAAGCUUGCCCUACUAAUCUGUUCGGUUAUGAUCACCAGUGCUGAGUACAUCGUGGAACACGCCCAUUCGUUGGAAUAUUUGGAACUUAAUGGCUGCUUUGAGUUUCGCCAGGCGAUGGAACAGCUGCUCAAGGGUCAUCAUCGAUACAUCGAGUGUAAGUUUCCCUAAAAGCUCGUUGGUUUGAUCGGAAUUCGCUCGAAAUUUGAAAUAAAACAGUUUCCUUC